AUGACAGCUCCACACCCGCUGGACCUAUCGCACCACUUGUCCUAUGCGACCAAGAACAAGAAGCCCAGCAGUGUCAAGGACUUUUAUAAAUACUUUCAGAUUCCUGGAAUUGCUAAUUUCGCCGGAGGAUUGCCACAUCCAUCCUAUUUCCCUUACGAUACCCUCGAAGCCAAAGUCGCACUACCACAGCGCUUGGAAUCCAACGAGAAGUCCUCUGCUAGAGUAACAGUGCCCAAGGAGAGCACAACGAAAGACGUCCGACGGAAGAUCGACCUGACAACGGCCCUCCAGUACGGCACCGCCGAAGGAUAUCCGCCCCUAAACGCGUUCCUUCGCUCGUUUGUGCGAGAUCAUCUCCACCCAAACAUACCCUACGCGGGAGGACCGGAUGUUAUAUUGACCUGCGGAUCGACCGAUGGCUUUUCCAAGGCCAUCGAAGCCUUUACAAAUAUAUGGAAUCCCGACCGGGAUUGGAUCCAGCAGAGGGAGGGUGUCUUAUGUGAGGAGUUUGCAUACAUGAACGCGAUCCAAACAGUGCAGCCUCGGGGAUUGAACGUGGCUAGCGUUGUGAUGGAUGGACAAGGUAUGCUUGCUAGCGGCAAAGGAGGGCUGCAGGACGUAUUGGAGAAUUGGGACUUCCGCCUGGGGCGACGGCCUCAUCUGAUGUAUACUGUUCCAACUGGCCAAAACCCCACCGGUGGUACGCUCUCAAUUGAGCGCCGGAAGGAAAUCUACGCUCUCUGCCAGAAAUACGAUGUGAUCAUCAUUGAGGAUGAGCCGUACUGGAACUUGCAGUUCCCGUCCGCUUACCAACAGACGGUGCACCACCGAGGAUCAUCCUCAGAGCCAAACCUUUACACAAAGAAUUAUAACGCGGAGGGAAAAUCCUCGGGCUAUGCUUACCUGGAUUCGCUUGUCCCUUCAUAUCUAUCCAUGGACAUUGAGGGCCGAGUAGUGCGGUUGGACACCUUCUCAAAGACUAUCGCGCCCGGUAGCCGACUUGGCUGGGUAACCGCUCAGCCAGCGAUCAUCGAACGCCUGACUCGCAUAACGGAGGUGACGAGUCAACAGCCAUCGGGCUUCGUACAGUCAUUGGUGGCAGAGAUGAUUUUCGGCCAGGACGAUACUUCGGCAAAAUCGUCCAAACAGAUCGCACCGGGCUGGCACAUGGACGGGUGGGUGCGGUGGUUGGAAGGUUUACGCGCUCGCUAUGAAACGCGCAUGCAGGACAUGUGCACGGUCUUGGAGGAAAACAAAUACCUUUUCCAUGGAUCAACUGACGACAUUGAUGCCUGGGAGGUAGUAGAUCGAGUCCAGAUGUAUGACUUUGUUUGGCCGAUGGGUGGUAUGUUCGCGUGGAUAGAGAUCCAGUUCGACACACACCCCUUGCGCUCUCAGUAUCCCCCCGAGCAACUUUCCAAGGCCUUUUGGGUUCAUUUGACCAAAAUCCCCCAUCCGUGUCUCGUGGGCCCGGGCAGUUUGUUUGCUCCGACACCGAUAUCUGCCGCGAAGGCUCACAGAUACAUCCGCGUGGCCUUUGCCCCCAUGGAAGCUGACGAGGUGGCGCCUUUCACCCAGAGAUUGGUAGAGGGGUUCCGCUCGUUCUGGCAGCGGAAGGAUUUGGAUGGGCUGAGUGGCGAGGAGGCCCAGGGGUUUGAUUUGCAACCAGGUAUGAACCUCCUAGGGAACGGCUGCUGA